AUGGCUUCGUCAUGAACUCCACACACUAAUCAGUCCUGCAGCAUACCAUUUAGUGUGUCCCCGAAGUUGCAGUGUUCUGUCAAGUGCUUCAGCUUCACUACAUAGGUUGCGAUGGACUCUCCCGGGCCCCUAACUCUGGAAUUAAACUUAAACCUCUGCAUUAUUACGGAUAGCUUUGACUGGAAAUGCGUUUUCACGAGGUCCACUAGUUCAUUAAAGGACUUCGAGCUCUCAGGCUGGGGAUGAGAUUGUAUGUCUUGCUACCACAUACAGUCAAAAUGAUUGCUUUCUGCUUUUCCUCUGCGGUAAUUUUGUUCGCUAUGAAAUAAAAUCCAAGGCACUCUACAUACUGGCUCCAGUCUUCCUAAGUCGCAUCUUAAGGAGCGAUUCUGCCAAAGAGUGGCAUGACUGCCGAGAUGCCCAGGCAAUUCCCAAAGAUAGCACAGACAGAGGAAGAUGAGCAAGUUCGAAUUAUAGCGGAGAAGGUGUUUGCUUCUGCUCUGCGUGAAGAGGACACCAAGGAUGCCCUGUCUCUGUUUGAUGUUGCCGAAGAUUGCCCAAUUGUUAAAAAGGAGGCCAAAGAGAGGGAGCUACAGAAGGAGAUUGCUGAGCAGCAAUCAGAGACCACAGCGAAGAGGAAGAAGAGCCUGAGGUUGAUACGAUCCCAUUCGUUGUCCUUGCAGAUCCCAGCUUCCGAUGUGACUUUCUCAGUGGAUUCCCCAUCCUUGACCCCGCAGACACCCGUUCAAAGUAUUCCUUUGUUUGGAAUACAACUGCCCUAUGACGUGCCUGAGUUUCAGCGAGUGACCAUUACUGGAGACUACUGCGCAGGGAUCACCGUGGAGGACUAUGAGCAUGCUUCUAGAGGACUAGUAAAAGCCUUGUUCAUUCGUAGGAAGUACAUGCGUCUUGCCUACCAGCUAUUCCCCAGAACAACAGGACAGUACCUACAAUCAAUCGAAAAUGAUCAGUGGCUAGAGGAAGAUGAAGUUCUACCAGAUUCCCAUCCACCUCCCAGAGAUGGCGAGGAUCCGUAUGACCUCAGUGAUGCUCCAGACAAUCUGGAAUAUUUGAUGAGGAUGAAGGAAGGAAUCAUCUUUGUUUAUGAAAAUAAGGAGAUGCUGGAACUGGAUGAACCCAAAAGUCUUCCUUACCCGGAUAUGCAGACCUUCACAUUGGACCUCAACCAUGUCCUCGCACUGAUUGCUGAUGGACCCACGAAGACUUAUUGCCAUCGGAGGCUAAACUUCUUGGGAUCAAAGUUCUAUUUGCACGAGAUGUUAAACGAAAUGGCAGAACUCCGGGAGCUGAAGGGUGUACCCCAUCGGGAUUUCUACAAUGUCAGGAAGGUGGACACCCACAUCCACGCUGCUGCCUGCAUGAGUCAGAAACAUUUGCUGAGAUUUAUUCAGCAGACCAACAAGAAUGAAGCUGACCGAAUUGUACUGGAGAAGAAAGGACGCAAAUUGACCCUGAGAGAGGUGUUUGCAGAUCUCAACAUGGACCCUUACGAUCUCACUGUCGAUUCACUGGAUGUGCACGCAGGCCGCCAGACAUUUCAUCGAUUUGAUAAAUUCAACGCCAAAUACAAUCCAGUCGGUGCCAGUGAAUUGAGGGAUCUUUACCUGAAGACAGACAACUACAUGCAAGGGGAGUAUUUUGCUCGAAUCAUCAAGGAAGUCUCUCACGAUCUAGAGGAAAGCAAAUACCAGUACUCAGAACCACGACUAUCAAUCUAUGGUGGGUCACCGAGUGAGUGGGUCAAUCUGGCCAGGUGGUUUAUUAAACAACGAGUCUACUCACCAAACGUCCGCUGGGUUAUUCAAGUUCCUCGUAUUUAUGAUAUAUUUCGAACAAAAAAAAUCUUGCCUAGUUUUGGAAAAAUGCUGGAGAAUAUUUUCCUGCCUCUCUUUGAAGCAACAAUCAAUCCCAAAGAAAACCGCGAACUUCACCUCUUCUUAAAAUAUGUGACGGGAUUUGACAGUGUGGAUGAUGAGUCCAAGCACAGUGCUCACAUGUUCUCAAUAAAGAGCCCAAUCCCUGGGCAGUGGACGAGGGAGCAGAACCCACCGUACAGCUACUACCUCUACUACAUGUAUGCAAACAUUAUGGUGCUCAACAAUCUGAGGAAGGAACGAGGUUUGAGCACAUUCCAGUUCCGACCUCACUGUGGGGAGGCUGGUUCAAUCACUCACUUGGUAUCAGCCUUUCUAACAGCGGACAAUAUUUCACAUGGACUGAAUCUUAAGAAGAGCCCAGUGCUUCAGUAUCUAUACUACCUCGCUCAGGUGCCCAUUGCCAUGUCUCCACUGAGCAAUAACAGCCUCUUUCUGGAAUAUUCUAAAAACCCACUGCGUGAGUUCCUGCACAAAGGCCUCAAGAUCUCUCUCUCCACUGACGACCCCAUGCAGUUCCAUUACACCAAGGAAGCACUAAUGGAGGAAUAUGCAAUAGCUGCCCAAGUGUGGAAACUUAGUACCUGCGACCUGUGUGAGAUAGCGAGGAACAGUGUGCUUCAAAGCGGAUUGUCGCAUGAGGAGAAGCAACACUACUUGGGGGUAAACUACUUGAAGGAGGGGCCUGAGGGGAACGAUAUCCGGAAGACUAAUGUGGCUCAGAUCAGGAUGGCUUUUCGGUAUGAGACACUGUGCAACGAGCUUUCCUUCCUGGUGGAUGCGGUGAAGUCAACAGAGUUAAGCCUGUCGAUAAAUUAGCAGCAGGCUUGUAUAUUUGCAGGGACAACAAAGGGGAUCAGCCACGGACCGUGCGAGCCCAAUAUACUACACCUAAAUGCACUUAGAUACCAGGCUAGUUCAUAACCAGAAAAGCACAGCUACUAUUGAGAUUAAAUCCUUACCAGCCAAUAUGAGAUUUUUGCAUGCAUUUUGCCAUAUUAUUAACGCUGUUUGCCUGAUGCUUAAUUCUAUUUUAACAAAAUAGAUUUUUUAAAAGAAGAAUUAAAUAAUCUUAGUGCAGAUACUACUGUGAAUAUAUAUGUAUAUUAUAGCAUUAGUGUAUAAAGUGUACAGUACACUAUUUCAAUUUAACCAAGCUUCUAUUUGUAUAGUCAACUAGGUCUAAGAUAUUAAUCCAGCCAGGGCAUGUUCCUCUGGUCCUCAGUUACCUAGCACUAGCACCAUUGGCGUUAAGUUCUUGAAUGUUUAUUUUUUUUAAAAAACUGCUUCACUGAUUUGUCUAUUCUAUGGACAUUGUACCUUCUUUGCUGUAGAUGUAACUCGCUGAGGAGUGAAAUUUUAUUGAGUAAAACCAUUAAAUGGAAGAGUGGAGGUUCAAACCUAGAUUCUGUCAUGUAAAGUGGCUUUUGUUUGACAAUAAAUGUAUUUGUUCAAAUGAA